AGUUGGUAGAACAUGGUGUUUGCAACGCCAGGGUUGUGGGUUCGAUUUCCACGGGGGACCAGUACGGAGCAAAAAAAAAAUUGUAAGUCGCUCUGGAUAAGAGCGUCUGCUAAAUGACAAAUGUAAAUGCAAUACUUUUGUAGAAGCACCUUUGGUGGAGAUUACAGAUUUCAGUUGUCUUGGGUAUGUCGGUAUCAGCUUUGCACAUCUGGAUUUAAGGAUUUUCUCCCAUUCUUCCUUGCAGAUUUUUUUUCAAGCUCUGUUAAGUUAGAUGGGGAGCAGCGGUGAACAGCAAUCUUCAAGUCUUUUUCCAGAUGAGCUGUGCCUGGUUUUCUCCAGACGUAGCACGUUGCAUUCAGGCCAAAGAGUUAGAUUUUCAUCUCAUCAGACCACAAUAUUUUUAGAUAUGCUCUUUCACAUGCAUUUUUUUAGCCAUUUUUCGGGCGUGCUGUCAUGUGGCUUUUUCCUCAGGAGUGGCUUCCAUCUGAUCACUCUCCCAUAAAGCCCAGAUUAGUGAAGUGCUAUAGAGACUGUUGUCCUUCCGGCAGGUUCUCCGAUCUCAGCCAAGGAACUUUAUAGUUCUGUCAGAGUGGUCAUUGGGCUCUUUGUCACCUCCCUGAUCAAGGUCAUUUUUGCCCAGUUGUUCAGUUUGGUCGGAUGGCCAUCUCUAGGCAGAGUGGGUAGUUCCAUAUUUUUUCAAUUUCCCAAUGAUGGAGACCUCUGUACUCUUGGAAACUUUCAACAAUCUAGAAAUUGUGUACCCUUCCCCCAGAUAUGACUCAUCCCAAUUCUAUCUCAGUGAUCUACAGACAGUUCCUUGGAAUUCAUGGUAUAGUUUCUGUUCUGACGUGUGCUGUCAACUGUGGGACCAUAUAUAGACAGGUGUGUUUCUUUCUAAAUCCUGUCAAAACAAUUGAAUUGGCCACUGGUGGACUCCAAUCAUGUUGUAGUGACAUCUCAAGGAUGAUCAAAGGAAAUUGGAUGAACCUGAGCUCAAUUAGGAGUGUCAUAGCAAAGGGGUGUGAAUACUUAUGUAAAUGAGAUUACUGUAUUUAAUUGUCAAUAAAUUUGCAUUAAAUUCUUAACAUGUUUUUACUGUCAUGUGUUUAAUCCAUUUUGAAUUCAGGCUGUAACACAACAAAUUGUAGAAUAAGUCAAGUGGUAUGAAUACUUUCUGAAGGCACUGUAUGUCAUUGCUAUUAACAAAUAAUGAACUGUCUACACCCUUUAUAACCUUCCUUUUAAGAUAGCAAUGUAAAGUGCUUUUCAUGAUCUCACUUCAUGCAAUGAAAUGUUAUUUUUACCACAACGAAAGAGCAGUUAAGUGGUUACUUGGUGCAUUUCAAAGCAGGUGUUCUUAUACUGAAACAUGAUUUAGCUCUGAAAGAUGACUAAAACGUAUUUUAAGAUUACUAAAUGCGGUACAGAUUUCGAUGAGAUUUUGAUAAUUUUGGUUUAUUUUGUUUGAAAUGUUUUUCAUUUUUAUGUGCUAUAUUUAUGUCUUAAACAUGGAUUAGCAUGGCGCUCUAGAAUAUAAAUUUUUCCUUUUUGGGGUGAAUGGACAACUCUGCUCAUGCAACACUUUAACAAAAACGCCAAUGCCCUCAAUAAAAUGAUUCCUAUUUCUGAAAGUCUUAUUUUUUUAAAUUUUUUUGCACAAAGUAAGCGUACUACAGAUGUUUGGUUGUGCUAUAAAGAAAUAAUAGCAAUUAUUUCACUGUCUUUUUUUUAUUUUCUUCUCUAAAAUUCUCUAUCCUUUCUACAUCUACGAAAUUUUCUUGCUAGUUUGUCGUAGUUUAUUAUUAAAGCGCUUUAUUACAGCGCGUCUUUGAUUUAAUAUCUAUGUCGACACUUCCUGUUAUUUGGGGGAUGUUGUUGAGGAAGUGUUUCUGCUUGUCCGGUAAGGAAUCUAAAGAUGGCGGUGAGUGGACGAGAUGGGGAAUCGAAAUGGACUGCUGCUGUCCCGCCGCUGUUAUCAGCUUCCUACACAACUUUUGAAACGAAAGAGCUACCUCCGCUUAUAGAAUCCAUAAUAAACAGUGAAUCUGAGAUCCUACACCAUGAUAAACAGUAUUAGCCGUUCUACUCGUCGUUCGUGGCGCUCUCUGCUCAUUACAUCGCCACAGUCUGUGGACAAAUCCCCAGAAACCAGUUGCUGUCAGUAGCAGCAGCUUGUAAAGUAUUGAUUGAGUUCUCACUGCUGCGUAUGGAGAACCCUGACGAAGCAUGCGCCGUCUCACAGAAACACCUGAUCCUGUUAAUAAAGGGGCUGUGUACCGGCUGCAGCCGCCUAGACAGAACCAAGAUCAUCACCUUCACAGCCAUGAUGAAGUCCGCCAAGCUGCCACAGACAGUCAAGACACUUUCUGACUUGGAGGACCAGAAGGAGGUGCCUUCUCCAGUCAACCCUGAGCUGCGACACAAGGAAGUGCGAAUGAACUUCUUCAAUCAGCUGACCUCGGUGUUCAACCCUGACCUCACCGUACUGGCCUCCCCCUCAGGACACACGCAGGUGGAGAUUGAGGACCAGACGACAGACCAGACCUUCCAGGCCAAAAUGAAAACGCGUCCCAGAACGUGGCCAGUCUCCAGGAACUGGGCGGGUCAGAGAAAUCGCUGCGUGUCUGCCUGAACCUCCCUUACUUCCUGCGCUAUAUCAACCGGUUUCAGGACGCCGUCUCAGCCAACUCUUUCC